CCAGCUAGCUUACAUGUCAAUGUGAAUGUGAACACAUCAUGUGCAGAAUGAGCUAAUUAAAAACAAUAUUAUCAUUAAAUAGUGCUCGCACGUCCAGGAAACAUGGCUUGUUUCUUUAGAAGAAGAAUAGCAGAGAAGCUGGGCAGGACGCUGCAGCAGUCUGAGGACGCCUUCAUACCAGCUCUGUCAGCAGUGCCUGUCUUUAAGAAACAACAGCAGACUGCUGACUUCAAACUGUCUCUCAGCACGUUACGAGUCAGUGGCAUCUUACCAUCCAGUGGAGACAUCCAGCUGCAAACAGAAGAUUUGGUUUCUCGGUUGAAGCAGGACAGUGUAGUGGAGGAUGUAUCAGCUGGAAGUGGAGUCAUCAACUUCAGAGUUAAUCGCAAACUUCUUGUCCAGAAAAUAUUGGAGCCAUUUGGAAAGGAGGAGGAUGAUAAAUUUGGGUUAAACAGUGAACUUUUUAAAAGCCUGAAGAGAGGAACAACAUUAGUGGAGUACAGCUCUCCAAAUAUUGCUAAAAAAUUCCAUGCUGGACAUUUGAGAUCUACGAUUAUAGGUAACUUCAUUGCUAACCUAAAGCAGUCCUUGGGAAAUAAUGUCAUUCGUAUGAACUACCUCGGUGACUGGGGUAUGCAGUUUGGUUUGCUGGGAGCUGGAUUCAGCCAGUUUGGAAGUCAGGAGAAGUUGAAACAGAAUCCCUUACAGCAUUUGUUUGAGGUUUAUGUUCAAGUGAACAAAGAGGCAGAGCACAAUGAGGAUAUGAGGCUGGCUGCCAGAGACUUCUUUAGACAGCUGGAGCAACAUGAGAGCCAGGCUGUGUCGUUAUGGCAACAGUUCAGAGAGAUCACUGUGGAAGAGUAUCAACACGUUUACAAGCGGUUGGGGGUCCACUUUGAUAUUUACUCCGGGGAGUCCUUUCACCAAGAUCAAGCCCAGGAAGUGGUGCAGCAGCUGCGGAGCCGAGGUCUGCUGAAAACCACGGAGAAGGGAACUGGUGUGGUGGAUGUCUCUCCAGCUGGGGACAUGAGCAGCAUCUGCACAGUGCUGCGCAGUGAUGGCACAACUCUCUACAUCACCAGAGAUAUUGCUGCAGCCAUCGACCGGAGAGAAAAGUUCAAUUUUGAUGAGAUGAUUUAUGUGACGGACAAAAGUCAAGCAAAUCACUUCCACCAGCUGUUCCAGAUCCUGCUUGGUUUGGGACAUUCUUGGGCUGACAGAUGUCAGCACGUGCCCUUCGGCCUGGUGCAGGGCAUGAAGACCAGGAUCGGCGAGGUGGUGUUUCUGGAGGACGUGCUGGACGAGGCCCGAGCCAGGAUGCUACACAACAUGAACCAGUCAAAAACAACAAAGGACAUGGACAACCCUGAGGACACAGCAGAGAAAGUAGGAAUCAGUGCACUAAUAAUUCAGGACUUCAAAGGUCCCCUGCAGUCAGACUAUAAGUUCGAUUGGGAUCGGAUGCUGCAGGCUCAGGGAGACACAGGCGUCUUCCUCCAGUACACGCAUGCUCGACUCUGCAGUUUAGUACGGAGGAAUGAAGGUAUUGAGACGGUUACGUUCAAUCCAUCACUUCUACUCGAGCAGGCGAGCCUCAGUAUUGUGCAGCACCUCCUUCGCUAUGAUGAGGUGCUGUACCAGUCGGCCCAGGAUCUGCAACCUAAACAUCUCGUCAACUUUUUAUUGAAGCUGUGCCACCUGGUUGCCUCAGCACACAGGGAGCUGCCAGUAAAAGGAAGUCCUCAGGAUGUUGCACAGGCAAGAUUACGACUGUUCAACGGCGCCUGCUCAGUCCUGGCCAAUGGGAUGAGGAUACUCGGAAUCACACCGGUUCAUAAGAUGUGAAAAAUAUCUGUCUAUACUUGUGUAAUUUCACUGCUAUUGAUACCAAACUGCUGCUUAUAAGUUGUAUUGUAAAUAAAGAGCCUUACAUUUUAAAAG